ACAUAACCCUGUCGAUCUUUUAAUAAAUAAAAAUAUAUUCUCAAUUUUUAAUAUUUAAAUCAAAUUCCAGUUUCAAACAUCCAUCUGACCAUCCAUCAAACAUACUUGUGUCUCUCAAUCUUAUUGUUAAUUUUUCUUUGUCGCGAGAAAUCAUCAAUUAAUUAAGAUGUCAUACUCAAAGAGGUCAAGGUACGUGUACUCUCCCUCUCCAUCACCACCACACAAGCGAUACGGAAGGUCUAUGGCAAGGUCCAGAUCGAGUUCAAGGAGUCGGAGCUAUGGUGCAAGUGACAUUGAAAAUCCUGGAAACAACUUGUAUGUGACGGGUUUAUCACGCCGUAUUACAAGGGAAGAUCUCGAGAAGCAUUUCGAGGCAGAGGGAAAGGUGGAAGAUGUUCACCUUGUGAUGGAUCCUUGGACCCGAGAAUCUCGUGGAUUUGGGUUUGUUUCUAUGUCCAAUGUUAAAGAAGCUGAUCGGUGUAUUAAGUACUUAGAUGGUUCUAUUCUUGAGGGCCGUGUCAUUAAAGUGGAGAAGGCUAGAAGGCGCAGAGGCCGAACUCCCACUCCUGGAAGGUAUCUUGGACUGAGGACUGUGCGUGCUCAUCGUCGAUCUCGAAGCUAUUCUCCUUAUUCGAGGAGCCGUUCUCCUCCUUACUCGUCUGAAAGUUAUAGAAGCAGGAGCAGGUCAUACUCUCCAUAUAGCCGGCAUCGCCAAUCAUACUCCCGUGGAAGGUCCCACUCUCGUUCUAGCUCCCCUUACGGUAGGCGCCGGUCUUACACCCCAGAUCAUCAUCGUAGAAGGAUCCGAGACCGUUCUAGAUCUUACAGCCCAGAAUACAGGAGCCGCCGAUACCAUUCUAGGUCUUACAGUCCAGAAGACCGUUACUACAGGAGGAGCCAGUACCAUUCUAGGUCUUGCAGUCCAGAAGACCGUUACUACAGGAGGAGCCGGUACCAUUCUAGGUCUUGCAGUCCAGAAGAUCGUUACUACAGGAGCCGCUACCAUUCGAGAGACUAUUCACCAGACUACAGAGAAUCGUACAGGUAUUCCAGAGAUUAUUCACCCGAUCACAGGGCUUCAUACAAGAGCAGGAGUAGAAGCAGGCGCUAUACAUCUCGGAGUGUGUCAUCUUCUCCGAGGAGGCAUUACAGGAGCUAUUCUUCUAGUGUAUCCCCGGUAAGGUCAAGGAGAAGCUACUCAAGAAGCAUCUCACCACCACCGAGAAGGAGCUCGAGGAGGAGCUACUCCCGAAGCGCCUCCCCUGUUAGGUCAAGGAGUGCAGCCUCUCGUGGUCGCGCUGCUUCAAGAAGCUACUCGAGCAGGAGUGGCAGUGUGAGGAGUUAUAGGUCUGUGUCGAGGUUGUCAACUCCUAGAUCUGUUUCUCCUAGUUAAAAUAUAAACCAAAUGCCGGACAUGUUUGCCUGCAUAGUCUUCAAGAAGCUACUCGAGCAGGAGUGGCAGUGUGAGGAGUUAUAGUCUGUGUCGAGGUUGUCAACUCCUAGAUCUGUUUCUCCUAGUUAAAAUAUAAACCAAAUGCCGGACAUGUUUGCCUGCAUAGUAGGAGCUUUUUUAUGCAUGUUCUUAUAAGUUUAAACUGAGUGUGUAUUUGAAGUGGAUAUUAUAUGCUGUGUGGUUAUCUAUAGUGUAAAGCAGUUUGCAUUUUAUUUUA